AUGUCCUGGCUCUCCUUCAUAAAGAAGCUAUACUCUCUCGACACUCUAGACACACGUUUCACCACAUCGACAAAGACUCCACACAAACUCACAACCGAGGACUCAAUAGCAGAUUCAAAACUUCCUGCCCAACAAACUCUGCAAUCAGGAAAGAAUCAAUCUUUGCCAAGGGCUCAGCCAUCAAAAUGGAACACUCCAGAGUUCUACUUUUACUACCUUUGCUUUCUUACCAUUCCUGUUUUCAUGGUGAAAGCUGUGUAUGAUGUUUCUCAAGGUAGCUAUUCCUCGGUACAUCCAUUUUCUUCCUCUAAUGGCAUUGCAGAAUCUCAUCCCAAUUACUCUCGUUAUUCACAUCUAUUGUCAGACGGCUGGAUCCCUGGCCGCAAAGUGUAUGCUGGUUUUCGUGAUAACAUUCCUUACAUGACACUUCUUUUGAUCUUGCAUCCAUUACUCCGCAAGGCCUACAACUCUUUCUGGCGCAUCGACUCAUAUACCAAGCCUGCUCCUGCUAGCAGCAGAAAUUCUGGACUCACACAGGGCCUGAGCCCUCCUGCUGCUGCAGAUGCCAGGAUGGACUACAGAAUAUCCUUCGAUGUCAUGUUUGCUGUCAUCUUCAUAUUUGCACUACAUGGCUUCUCUGCAUUGAAAGUCCUGCUCAUCUUGUACACCAACUACAAACUGGCCACUCAGCUUCCCAAGGCAUACGUCCCUGCUGCUACCUGGAUAUUCAAUGUCGGGAUCUUAUUUGCAAACGAGUUAUGCCAUGGCUACCCCUUAGCUGAAGUUGCUGCCUUCGUUUUGCCCUCGCAGACUAGUGCCGCGGAAAAGAGCAAUCAGACACCCGGAUGGGCUGGUUGGAUUGACAGCUAUGGUGGAAUCCUGCCUCGCUGGGAGAUCCUUUUCAAUAUCACUGUGCUGCGCCUGAUCAGUUUCAACCUUGAUUAUUAUUGGAGUCUGGGUGCGCCUUCUUCUAUUGAGCUCGAUCCUUCGAAUCUGUCAGAGCGCGACAGAGUUUCUGUAUCUGCUAAGCCAGCAGACUUUAGCUUCCGCAACUAUCUUGCUUACGCCCUCUACUCACCUCUGUACCUUGCAGGACCUAUACUGACAUUUAACGACUACAUCUCGCAAUCGCGUUACCCGCUUGCGUCCAUCAGCACUAAACGCACAUUGAUGUACGGAAUACGCUUUCUUGUCUGCGUGCUUACCAUGGAGUUGUGCUUACACUUCCUGUACGCUGUGGCCAUCAGUAAAGCACAACCAGCCUGGGAGGUCUACACACCCAUGCAGUUGAGUAUGCUUGGCUACUUCAACCUUCACAUCAUCUGGCUGAAGUUGUUGAUUCCUUGGCGGUUCUUCCGAUUGUGGUCACUCGUGGAUGGCAUCGACCCACCUGAAAACAUGGUGCGCUGCAUGAGUGACAACUACUCAGCACUCGCUUUCUGGCGUGGCUGGCACAGGAGUUUCAACCGCUGGAUUGUCAGGUACAUCUACAUUCCUAUUGGUGGCAGUGGACAAGGCAAAGUGCGCGCCAUCGGCAACUUCCUUGCUGUCUUUACUUUCGUCGCACUUUGGCACGAUAUCAACCUCAAGCUACUUAUCUGGGGCUGGCUCAUUACGUUGUUCGUUCUGCCCGAAGUCAUCUGCACACUCCUGUUCCCAGCCAAGAAGUGGAAGGAUAGUCCAGACGUCUACCGCUGGAUCUGUGGUGUUGGUGCUACUGGAAACAUCUUGAUGAUGAUGGCCGCCAAUCUUGUCGGCUUUGCCAUUGGUGUUGAUGGCUUAAAGGCGAUGGUCGGCAACAUCAUAGGAAGCCUCGGUGGUUGGGCAUUCCUGCUCGGUGCUUGUGGCACGCUUUUCGUCGGUGUUCAAGUCAUGUUCGAGGUCCGUGAAAGUGAANAGAGGAAGGGCAUUAACUUGAAGUGUUAA